AACAAAUACUAAUAAAUAUAACGAUUUCAAGUCAUGGAAAAGAAGCGAUCUACUUUCACGUCGUCAAAAUCUGGUCGAGGAAAGGAAAAAAAAACCGAUGUACUAAUAAACAAAGGGAAGGGUGAUUGUAGUGCUUCUCAAAGUACAUCACACACGCAAUUCUUUCGCGUUGAGAAAUAUGGAAAAGUACCUGAAAGAAUCACAAAGGAGGAAUAUUUGGGACACUUGGAAUCAAUAUCAAGCUCAUCUGACAGUUUCCGCUGUAUACACGGGCCCGAAGGAAAACAGUACACAGCUAAGGGGAAGAUGAGAAGGAAUCUCUUGAAGAAUUUAGAUCCUUUGCCAAUAAACCGCAAAUGGAACGCUGAUUGCCCGCUCUUGUACAGUUGGGAGAUCGUAAAGAAAUUGGAGUUUCUAGUUACAGAUUCGACGGUAAAUAACCAAAUCGACCGGCUAGAAAAUCAUUUGCGGGAUCUGUCCACUAUAUCUUGUAAUGGUUAUAAAAUUGAUAUUUUAAGUAGUCUAUGUACAGUGUUAGACUAUGUGAUAGAAGCACAAAAUAAACAUUCAGUGUUAAAAGAAGUAUUGAAAUUAUUGCUGGAGAAUAUGGAUAAACCGAUUCUAUUGAACGCUGCUUCGGAUGUUGUGACGUACUUUGAACCACUCAGAAAGUAUUUAGGAUUUUUGGGUUACCUUUUAACGCAAAUCGCCGAUGAAGAUCAAUUCGAUCUGGUCUCCAAGGGUAUACUCUGGCAGCUGUCAGCACCUGACCAUGCUCGGGGCCGCGGAGCUACUCAACUGCGGCAUACUCUCGCCGCAGCGGCACCAGUGUUGUACCAGACAAUUGUUAGAAUGUUAGCCGUCAGUACCUCGCACAGAUACUCGACCUACUUAGAGGUGGCCCUCUUACUGGCUUGCGAUAAUGUUGAUAAUUGUAUAGAAAUGAUGAAAGAAAAUAUUAUUGAAAAUAUAUUUUACCGCUUCAAUCCUUACUUCCCUGAAAGGAAAUUGCCAGCAUACGAUAUCAAUCCAGCAGACCCACAAGAUUAUAAUGUAAAAUUAGGCGACAGCGGUAUGAAUAUGUCAACUACGCUUUCUUUAUUAUUGGUACUGGGAAAGACUACAAAACAAUAUUUGAAUGAUAAUCCAAACUUCCAAUUACUUUUACCGUCUCCGGAUAAUUAUGCUCAAAGAUGUUUUGUGUGGGCAUUUAGAUACGAGUGCCGAGCAAGAGGACAUGGCCAUCAGCGGAACACAAUGACUGUCAUCGCGACUGUUCUAUUGCACUGUUUUGGUGACCGGCUGAUGACUUUCUCUACUUAUCUCAUGCCAGAUGUGAUGUCGUUGUCAGUGUUGACUGAAAUACCUCCUAGAAAAGAUUGGACGUCCUCUGUAAGCUUCAACACCUCACAGGUGGAUGUUCAGUUCAAGAAAAUGCUUAUAUAUUUAUCAGUAGAUAUGAUCAAGAUCUUCCCGUAUAAUAAAUUUAUGGUGGAAUCUCAAUACUGGCUUCUUGGCCUCAUGUACCUACUUGAUCCAGGCCUCUGUUACCUCAGGGCUCGGUGGUCACCAGCUCUUUUCGCAGAACUUCGCAAAACAGCUCUCCAAGCGUUGGUGUGUACACUGCCAUUAGCUUCACAUCACUUGGUGAAAGAUUAUGGACUGAUAAGAAGAAUAAUGUGGUACAUCGAAUGGUACUCCGAGAGUCCAUAUGAACUGCCGGUACUGUACUGGUGUGUUAGACUUCUACAAGUAGCCAUUUAUAAUCGAGUUACACCAGAGCGCACUGCCUCCAUUCGCGACCUGUUCGAAACACAUGGCAUCAUUAUACUGAUUCAUCUAUGUUAUACUCUAUUGGGACAGAAGUCGCCUCCCAUACAAAAGAGCCAAGCCAUCAUAGCUCUGUGUCUUCGAUUACUGACCAGCGCUGUAGAGAAUCACACACAACUCAAAUGCUGCGUGUAUCCCAAUAUAAAAUGGCCGACAUGCGUCAACAGUUUAGCUAGGAAAAUGCUCGACAUAGUAAUGUUUUCUCUUGAAAAUCAUUUUAUAAUCAGUGACAGGUGGUUAGUGUCAUUGCUCAAUUUUAUUUGGGAGUCAAUAGUAUGGAAGAAGGAAUAUAGAGAAACUUUUAUUAGUAACAAUGGUAUUUACAAAUUGUUGGAUAUAAUAACAAUGACAAGUGCUCCGGUUCAAUGCAUCGCCCUGGCGCUUGUGUGUGAUGCUGCGCGCGCAGGAGACGCUGUCGGGCAGCUGGUCACGUGGAGAGCGGCUCCUGGGGCUUCCAGCGCGCACCCAAACCUAGUGAGACGUGGUGCGACUAUUGCUAGUUUAAUAGCAGCGAUAUUUCGAGAUGAAUGUCGAGCUACUGGAGUUAAACUGAAUGAAUAUAGUAUCAUGCAAGAUUUAGAUAGUCCUCUACUAUCUUCUGCUGUGCGGUCUGAAUUGAAUGAUCCAGAGUUUAGUGAAGGUAAGAACACGCGGACUCCUGUGUGCUUGGCGGCCGCUGAUCUGGCUGGCUCUAGGAUGUCCAAGGCUUAUGCUAUUUUACACAUGUUAUCAGUUGAUCUGGAAUACAGAGUAAAUUUAGCCGAUGAAGCCUAUAAUCUGUAUAAGAAUAUACAACUGCCACCUGAAGAUGAGGCUAUCCUGAUACUCUGCUCUUUUUACUUGACGAUAAAACUUAACGAAGUAUGGACGGAGACGCAAGUUCAAAAUUUAGGACUACUUCACCAAGAUAAUAAUAUACUUAAUGAAUUUCUACACAUCGGAAAAGGUUGGGCCAAAGAAAUAAAACGCCAGCAAGAACAAGUUAUUGAAAAUGAAAGAAAAAAGGAAAGAGAUGAAGAAAGUUCUUUGUACUCAUUCUUGGGUCGCGUGCGCCUGAACGUAGCCUUAGAUGCACUGCGCGAGGUGCGUUGUGUGGCGCGUUCAGCUGACCGCGCCUGCAUCACGCAUGCGUUACUACACGACGCCGUACGGGCACACCACCGCCGGUCCAUCUAUACGAAGAAACUUGAGGCAACAGUGCUAAAGACUUACGGUCCUACAUUGGAUGAUCAGAAUAUUACCGGUCAAAACUUAAAGGUGUACAGCAUAAUUCCAAACGCGAAACCAAGGCUUCGGGAAGAUUAUUCGGCAUCCUCCUCCUGA